AAAGGGUGUAAAAAAAUAUAAACAUGCCGUAGCCUGCUCGGGCAUAAAAGCAGAAAAUGGCCACCGACUACUUGUCAUUAUUCUUUCAUGUUUUGGCUUGUAAAUAGAUAAGAAGACGUUUUUCAAAAAUAUAUCCACAAUUUUGACUCGGAACCGUGAGUCGGAAGGCGCCCGUGUUAUGUACGGGAAUCCAACCCAGCCCGGUACCGUCGAAUAUGUGUUUAUACAACAAUUUGUGAUAUAAGGGUUAAUAGUACAGUUUGAUGGGUGAUGAAAGGCAGGCAGGACUGAUAUUUUCUGAAUGUCACAUUCUAUCGUCCUGCGGGAUAUGCGGUGGUUGUGAAAAAGUCCGAGUGACGUUAUAAAUCCGUCGAGUUGUACCAGCUUUGUUUUAUACAAUGGUUCAUAUGCCAAGUACUUAUGCCCAUGAUUUUUGGCUGCGGGCCUCGACUGAUGUCGAAUUGAGCUGCCUUAUGCCGACGGGCAUGUUGAUCCCUAUCCAAGUCAACAAAUAUGCAACUCUCCACGAAAUUAAAGAGGAGUUGUUUGAAGAAGCAACAAAGUUUCCAAUGCAUUGGACCCUUCAAGAUGCCUCGUCGUACGUUUUCUCUUGCAUUAACAGCAUGGCUGCCACUGAGGAGUUGCUGGAUGAAUCAAAACGGCUUUGCGAUGUCAAACCAUUUGAGGCCGUUCUCAGACUCAUCGAGAAAAAAGGCAACAAAUCGGAAAAAAUGCUCAAUGCUCAUAUCAGUCACCUCAUAGGAAAAGCUCUACAUGAAUUUGAUACCUUGAAGAACCCUGAAGUGAACUACUUCAGGUGGAAGAUGAAAACAUUGACUGAUGACAUACACAGAUCCUGCCAAAAUAAAGACUGGCUAGAACGGCUAUGUUGCCAAUAUCCACCCAGGAUAGAUACCUCUAGUCUCACUCAGUCUUUAAAUAGUAAACUGCAAGGCGGCAACUUCUUUCUCUUUAUCAAAUUCCAAAAAAUGGAGUCCUCAUUCACUUUAAAUAUACCACAUCGCACAACCCCUCACCAACUAAUGACGACAGUGCUGAGCAAAAAGGUUCGAACUCACCAGCUAAGAGGGGAAAGAGUAUCUGAUUUUGUCUUUAAAGUGAAAGGCCAGGAAGAAUAUCUUGUAGGGGAUGUUCCUCUCAUCCAAUUCAAAUAUAUACAGGAAUCUCUGGAAAGAGGUGUAGAGCCUACACUUAUAGUCGUCGAUGUCAAUACUAUCCCAGUGAAUUUGGAAAAUUAUGAUGAAGAUGUUGAUGAAGACAAGCGGGUUAGGUCAUCGUCUACGCUUACAUUAAGGAAGAAAGGAAAACUCAUUAGCUCAUGGAACAUCAACGAUCCAUUUGCAUUCCAAGUCAAUGCGAUUUGCAGGCUUAAUUGUGAUUCUACAAGAUCUGUCGAUGUUUGUGUCCAAGCCGGGCUUUUCCACGGCGGCAAAGCUCUGUGCGAACCACAAAAAACCUCGAGUCAGCCAGUUUCAAAAGAAGGUGAAUGCACUUGGGAUGAGGAUCUUCAAUUUGACAUCAAGGUUUGUAACAUCCCGAGAAUGGCUCGCCUGUGCUUUUGCGUUUGUGAAGUAUCAAAAACGAAAGGGCUGAGAUCAAGAAAGUUAAAAGAUGCCAAACAGGAAAUGUAUAUCGAGCCUUUGGGUUGGGUUAACACAACAGUUUACGACUUUAAAAAUCAGUUAAAAACAGGUGCUAUGACACUGUACAUGUGGACAUACGCAGAAGACACUCAGACUGAUGAUCUUCUACACUCAUUAGGCACAGUUGUCUCAAACACAAAUGUUGAUCAAGCCGCUGCUUUAACAAUUACAUUUCAUAAAUUCCAUUCCGAACAUACAGUAGUAUAUCCUCCUUUAGAAAAGGUAUUGGAGUACAGCAAAGAAAAUGAUGCGAGUGCACCUAGAUUACAGACUUCACGAAGUGCUUUAGAACAUAUCAAAAGUUUAGCAGGGCGUGAUCCUCUUCAUGAGAUGCAUGAACAAGAGAGAAAAGAUCUCUGGGCGCACAGAUAUGAUCUUCUUAAAGAAGAAACUGCCCUUCUGCCCAAAUUGUUGGACUGUGUCGAAUGGAAUGACCACAAUGAGGUGAGCGAAGCUAUGGCAUUGCUGUCCAAAUGGCCUCUUCUACCACCUGGCCGGGCAUUGGAACUUCUAGAUUAUGCUUAUGCAGACCAGGCAGUUAGAAGUUAUGCUGUGAAAUGUCUCUCAAAAGUUACUGAUGAUGAACUAUCAUUAUUUUUAUUGCAACUUGUUCAAGCUCUAAAACAUGAAUGUUAUCUUCAUUGUGAUCUAGUUGAAUUUUUACUUAGGAGAGCUUUAAAUAAUAGAAAAAUGGGCCAUUAUUUAUUUUGGCAUCUCAGAUCAGAGAUGCAUGUUGCAUCAGUAUGGGUGAGAUUUGGUUUGAUGCUGGAAGCAUAUUGUCGAGGUUCACCAGACCACAUGAAAGCGCUUACACGGCAGGUUGAGCUUGUCAGUAAGUUAAAAGCGACAGCCGAAGCUGUAAAGCAGCGUCGGGACAAAGAUAAAGCCCGUGUAUUCCUCCAGGAGACACUAGGCGAACAACAUAUGGCAGAAAGUUUCGCAGGAAUUUUAAAUCCGGUAGAUCCAAGCUAUCGGUGUAAAAGUGUCAGAAUUGAAAAAUGUCGAGUCAUGGACAGUAAAAUGCGACCGCUAUGGGUUGUCUUAGAAAAUGACGAUAUUUAUGGUGAUGAUAUUUAUAUUAUAUUUAAGAAUGGUGACGAUCUGCGACAAGACAUGCUUACCCUUCAAAUGAUUAGAAUAAUGGACAGACUGUGGAAAAAUGAAGGACUCGAUCUGAGGAUGAAUCCAUAUGGAUGCAUUUCAACUGAUAACAAAGUUGGAUUAAUUGAGGUUGUACUCAAUGCGGAAACGAUUGCAAAUAUUCAAAAAGAAAAAGGAAUGAUAUCAGUCACGUCUCCUUUUAAGAAAGGUUCUAUAUUAGCUUGGCUAAGAGAUCAUAAUACAAGUAAGGCUAGCUUAAAUAAAGCAAUAGAAGAAUUUACUUAUUCAUGUGCUGGAUAUUGUGUCGCUACGUAUGUACUGGGAGUCGCUGAUAGGCAUUCCGACAACAUUAUGGUCAAAAGAACCGGUCAGCUGUUCCACAUCGAUUUUGGCCACAUCCUGGGCCACUUUAAAGAAAAAUUCGGCUUCAGGAGAGAAAGAGUCCCAUUCGUUUUGACGCACGAUUUUGUUCAUGUCAUUAAUAAAGGACAGACAAAAAAGGAAGCGAUGGAAUUCCAGAUAUUUCAGAAACAUUGUGAACAGGCAUUCCUGAUACUAAGAAGGCAUGGAGGCUUAAUACUUUCCCUGUUUGCAAUGAUGAUCUCGACUGGCCUUCCCGAGCUCUGUUGUGAAAACGAUCUUAACUACCUCAGAGAAACAUUGGUGCUUGAUUUGUCAGAGGCAGACGCUUUGGCACAUUUCCGGUCAAAAUUUGAUGAGGCUCUUGGAAAUUCAUGGAAAACAUCACUCAACUGGGCAUCACACAACAUGGUGAAGAACAACAAGCAGUAAAUAAUUAUAGAAUUUUGUCUCUCCCAUUGAAGCUACAAAGGCAAUUUUCAACGCUCUGACUGACGACUGCGGAACCAGGGUACUCUUAAACAGAGCUCCGAGUUGUCAAUAUGUCGGGAAGAAUUAUCUAGACUUUCCGAGAAGAGCCAGACCAAGCUUUUCGUACAAGGUAUCGAUGUAAGUAGUGCCUGAAGUAAGCUUUUUGAAGCAGCAUCAAGGCCGGAAAUUAUUGACUGACUUAUCUCUUCUUAAAUGAAGCAAAUCCAGUCCAAAGAAAAAUGGCUCAUCUGUGAUCAAUAUUUUUGGCUAUUCCAACUCAUUAGAAUAGCUUUUUUUGUCCUUUUUGUUUUUAAAUGAAAAAAUAUCCUGAAGUAA